AUGUCUCAGAGGCUCCUCCAAACAAACCUGAUUCACGCCAGGGCUGCACAGGACAUUCUGUUGCAGUGCCUGGCGGAAAGAGGUGGAGGGCUGGCUAUCGCCGCCGACCCAUAUAGGAUCCCCGACGAUCAUCCAAAUUGGGCCGGGGAUACCUUGGGCAGGGUGGCGAUAGUCAGCCAGCACGCACGCGACGCCCCGCCAAUGCUCCUGGUGGAGUCCGGCGAGAGCUUCGUCCUGGUCGAGUGGGGACCCAUCGACGUCCGCAGAGUUUACUCCCCCCCGAGUCUCAGUCGGGGGGAGUACGAGGCGGCCCUGGAGCAGGCGGGAGAGGCCAUCUUCAGGCGCUCUCCCAGGCCUAUCAUCAUGGGAGAGGAUUUCAACGCUCACGCGGUCGCGUGGGGGUCCCCGACCACGAACCCCAGAGGCCGUCUUACCCUUGAGUUGGUGGCGGGACUCGACCUUGCUUUGCUCAACCGAGGUCGAGUCAGCACCUUCGUGGGUGGCCGUGGUGAAUCCAUAGUGGAUCUCACGUGGGCCUCUCCGGACGCCCUAGACAGGGUCAGAGCCUGGAGAGUGGAGGCCGCUCGGGGAGCUUACCGAUCACAGGUUGAUCGAGACGGAGGUGGCCUCCACACCCGCGGAGGUGCGAGCGAGAAUCCGCCGCCAAUUGGCGGAGAGGAGAUGGGUCCUCAGAAAACUCGAUCAGGAGGCCCUCGAGGUCAGCCUCACGGUGUCUACGUGGGCUGA